UUGACAUGCGCUGUUUAGUUCAAUACUGCCAAUGGCACUUGUGAAAAGCUGAAAGUAUUUUUGUUGGUGUUUUCCAAUACAAUUGGAUUUAAGUAAAUAUUAGUAUAUUCCUCAGAGAGAACCUUUAGGUUGUGAUGGCCUCAUAUGCAAUGAAUUUUCGCUAUUAUGGAGUUAAAUGAGAAGAAAAAGGGUGAACAUAUUUCGCAACAACUCUAGUUGAUCGGAUAACGCGGUAUUUCUAGUUAUUUUACACGUGUGAUUUCCAGUAGAGAUGCCGGCAUCCACCUUGGAUCCUGUUAAUGCGGCCCUUCGCACCGCAUUAUCUAAAAAUGAAUCUGCCGAAAAUAAUCUGGACCAACAAUUAGCGGGAUCCACGAAAAAAGCAUUGCUCUCCAAUAUUGAGUUUGAGUCUGCUGGUAGCUACCAAAAUACUGUUCUAGAUAGGCUUAAAUCGAAAUACAUUGUUUUAAGGAGUCCCGAAACACCACCUCCAAGUAAACCUGAAGAUGAUAUGAAUUCUGAUGAAACUUUAAAACUAGCAAAGUAUGAAUUAUUUCCAUUAAAUGCAGUGCAGCUUGGUUGGAAUAACUGCGACUGGUCCGUUGGUGCUGGUAUGUUUAAUAUGGGAAACACUUGUUAUUUAAAUUCUACACUUCAAGCUCUCUUUCAUGUACCAGCUUUAGUGAAUUGGUUGAUGUCUGACAAGGAACAUACUACAAUUUGUCAAGAAUCAGGUGGUAUGUGUAUAAUUUGUGCAAUGCGUAAGACUCUUCAAGAUUCCCAGCAGCGUAAUGCAAACUCAAUCCGUCCACUGUUAAUAUAUAACAAGCUGAGGUUGGUCUGUCGAAAUCUAAUACCAGGUAGACAAGAAGAUGCCCACGAAUUUUUACGAUACCUAGUUGAAGCUAUGGAAAAAGCAUAUUUGAGUCGUUUCAAAAAUAAUUCUGAUUUUGACUCAAAAGUGAAGGAAACUACACCUCUUAAUCAGAUUCUUGGAGGAUAUUUAAGAUCGGCAGUAAGAUGUUUGAAAUGUGGACAUGUCAGUACGACAUUUCAACAUUUUCAAGAUUUAUUAUUAGAUAUAAGAAAAGCUCAGACCCUAGAUGAAGCUUUGGAAUUGUAUUUUUCAAGAGAGAAGCUUGAUGAUGAAUCAUAUCAGUGUGAAUCUUGUCAGAAAAAGGUUCCAGCAACAAAGCAAUUUUCUAUUGAGAGGACACCUAUGGUGCUUUGUAUCCAACUGAAGAGAUUUUCUGUUAGUAAUAAUAAAAUAACUAAACAUUUGAACUUUAGACAAAGAUUGGAUCUGACUAAAUACGCGAGGCAUCGCCCUAACGUGCCUCUUAUAUACAGAUUAGUCGCAUUGGUAACUCAUAUGGGUCCUACUGUCAGUUGUGGACACUACACAGCAGUAGCCCAAGCACCCAAUGGCAAUUUCUUUCAGUUUGAUGAUAGUAUGGUAAGACCAAUUUCCCACCAAGCAGUGUUCAAUACAAAUGCAUACAUAAUGCUCUAUGAGCUUGAGUCAUCACCCUAUUCUCAAAAAUCAACGGCCUCUACAAUUCUUGUUAGUAAAAUGAAAACACCUUCCUUAUCAACAGAAACCAAUCCAGUGGCCUGUUCAUCGAAUUCUAGCUCGGCAAGUUCAUCAAGUGCCUUGAAAUCUUUUCCCAAUGGUAUUGGAUUCACAAGUGAUAAGGUUUAUGGUCCUGAACUACCUCCAGAUAGAGUAGAAAGCAGUCGAAAUGGUUAUGUGACUAGUAGUAAUGGCAAAGGUGAAUCUGACAGUAGUCAUUCAAGCAGUUCGAGUGAACAUGAUUCUGAUGGUGAUCAAGCUGUGAAAAAACCAUCAGUAAGUGAUAAUAGUCAUAGUGUUAGUAAAAGUGAUGUAGCUAAAGACAAAGAUAGUGAUAUUAGUUCAACUUGUGAACAAUCUAAAUCUCCAGUUUCCCUGAAGAAAACCUCAUCACCAUCAUCAUCUCCUAAUGUGUCAACCAGUAUAUCCAGUUUAUCCAGCCCCGAAAUUACCCCUAACAAAGAUCCUACAUUAAGUCCAGUUUCCAGUUCUAAACAGAAGAAUAAGGAAAACUCUCCUUUAAAGUUAUCACCAAUUGCCAAACCUCUGGUACCCUAUGAAUCUGAUGAUACAUGUUCUUCUGAGGAUUCUAAUCAAUCACCAAAUGAAAUGGCCUCAAGAGUUUCUACAAAGGCAGCAAUUGGUGAUUGGCAAGUGACUUCUUCAACCGAUGUUAAGCAGGAACUAUCUAAAGGGACUAGUUGGAAGAACAAGAAAGAAGAAGGACAGGGAAAUAAGGUUGUGAGUGAGCUUUUCAGAAUGUCCCAUAGUGGCUAUUCAGCCCCAGUAUCAACAUGGAAUGGUUCUCGAUCUGAACUUGAUAAAGAAGUUCAAAAUGAAAGACGGGAGGAUAGAAAGAGAAAUCUACCUGAUAGUUCUGAUCAGGGACGUACUAAACACAUCAAACUUGGAUCAAAUUUUAAAUUGAAUCCUGGAUACAAUCCUAUUCAGGAAUACCAUAACGCAAAAAAUUGGAACCCUAGUAAUGGCAGUGGAGGUAACUACAAGCCUUUUUACAAUGGAAAUAGGCAUAGGCGUACGUUCCAUCAUAAAAACUUCCAUAAAAAUUAUCGAUACAGACAGUAAUAGAUGAUACCACUGCCUUGUGAAAAUUUAGACUAGUGUACAUUCUGUAUAUUUUACGUUUCUGUGUUUAUUUUAAUGUGAGGACUUGUGUAAAAAAUGUUGCAUAAAUGCGUUUUAAAUUGAAUGAUACUUGAAUUUGAAAAUUAUUAUAGUAUAGAUAUGUUUACAUUACUGGAAAUUUCUAAAUAUAAAAUAAUUGAAGUUUUUGAAAUCAUUAUAGGUAUGUGGAAACUGUACAUCGUAAGAUAGUGUAAGAUAGUAGGCUAGCGAAUUUUUGUGGAAUAUUCUUAAAGAAACAUAUAAUGAAAAUAUAACCAGUAAUGUUGUAUUCAAAUUAAUUCUGUUUAUGAGUUCUAACUUCAAAAUACUACGAAUAUUCUAUAGUAAUUUCCGCUCUCUUUCUUACUUGGUAUACUCUUUCCUUAUACUUUAUUGUUUAGUUUCUCCAUAGAUUUCUUGAUUUUUCAAUUAAUUAGUCAUUCAAAAAACGUGUUUUACCUUUUUUAUAGCACUCCAAUGUGGAAGCUACUUAUCAAUAAUAAUCUGAAAAUGUUUCAACUUUAAGCAUAAUUUGAAUUAUAUAUGAGAAUUCAGAGGUACGAAUGGUAGAUUACAUAUGGCAGUUAACUAUUUUUUAUAUUCUUGUCAUAAUUAUUACUCUUUUGGUAGAGUAGUACAGUAUCUUUUAUUAAUGCUGUAGUUUUUAAAAUUAUCAUCAAUUUUAAUAUUUGCGCUAUUUUAAGCUCAUUCUAAUUUUACUUUACACAAAUUUAGAUAAUAUUCCUUUCAAUUUUUAGUAAUUUUUAUUUAUAUAGAUUGAAGUAUUUCUUUUGAAUACAUUAAAGUAGUGAAAUGAAUGAUUGAAAUGUAUCACAAAUACACAUAACUUCGUCAACAAGACUGAUUUCCGCAAAAUAAUAAUUUCUAAACUUGAAAUAACAACAUUUGUUAAUUAUUCAAUAUGUCGCCCAUGGCAGGAUAAAAUUUAUUUGUUUGAGUAACAAAUUUGUUGAUAUUUGAACAAAGAAAUUCCUAAAUACACUCUCGAAAUGGGGAUAUAUACGAAUAUAUAAUGGGAUCCAGAAAUACAGGAAUUAAUUUUUAUAAUCAAAAAUGUUUAUACAGUUUUUUCUUUAAUUAAAUGUUAAAUUUUGUCUCUUAUUCAGUUUUAUAUAAAUUUUUUUUGACGUACUUUUGGCUUUAGAAAUUUACUAUCCUGUAUAUUAGUACUACAAAUAUUCAAGCUAAACACUUUGUAGAUAUAAACACUGUAUAAAUUAAACAAAAUAGAAAUAUUUAUAAAGAACAGGAACUAACUCAAAGUCUUGUAUAAUUUUAUACCGUGUGGUAUUUUUCAAAACCUUUUGGUAAGUGCAAAGGGUACUGGCACUGUUUGCAUUGCCAAGUGGUUUUUAUGUUUAUAAUAUAUGCGACACUGAUUUGUUGGGUGUUUCUUUAAUUCUGUUGCCAGAAUAUUCUCCGGAAAAUGUAACCAAUUUUUCGCUUGCAAACGAUGUGACGAAUCAUUCCGUUCUCGACUCAUUGAUUCAUUCAUAUGGAACAUUGCAUGAGAACUGUGACUUCAACUUACAUCCCGGAUUAUAAUAAAUGUUGUUUUUAUGCUCGUUAUUAUGAGGUUGGUUAGUUUAUUUAAAGAAAAAAGAUGCCCUUCAUCAAAAGUCGUCUUUAAAAGGGCCAUUCGUCGAGAAAAGGUUACCCAUUUACUAACUUAACGUCAUCCCAAAAUGACUUAUAGAUAACAUAUAGCGAAAUGACGAUGUUAUUUUGUCGUUAAACACCUUAUGGUAGGUCUAAGGUAUAUAUAUUUUUUUACAUAAAAAUUAUAUGAAAAAGAACCAAAAUGCAAUAUUUUAUUGGGAUUUAUUAUGAUUUAUUGCUGAUAUUCUGUUUUCUUGGUGUGGGGUCCACAUUUUUUGUGUUAUUGUUGAUUUUUUGUCUCCUGGGCGUAGGUUUCUAAAAGUGUCUCAAAAGAAAGUUCACCUUUGUAUUGUGUGAAGGCAGCUAUUCGGAUGAGCGCGGGAGGAGUGUCAAUCGGUAGUCCCUGAUCUAUUAGUUAUACUUAGUGUAAGUAAAUGUAACUUGAAUCCGAGUCAAGUUAAGUUAAUUUUUCAAAAUCAAAACUUUAUUAAAAUUAAUAUUUUUUCGGUUCAAUUUUCCACUAUUUAUAUUUGGGUACAUAUUAUUAGAUAUAGCAGUGGCUAGGCUCUUUCCACCUUUCUUUCAGCUUCAUAAAAUUUCUGGUCCUUAUCAGCGAAAAAUUGAAUCAGGUGCGAUUGAAGGUCGUCGUCAUUUGUGAAUGUUUGACCAUUCAAAGAGUUCUUCAAAUUUCGAAAUAAAUGAUAAUUAGAUGAUGCCAGAUCAGGGCUGAAUGCUCCAAUAGUUUCCCAUUAGUUGUCAUUAUCACGGAACACUGAACCUAUCCAAUUUGACAAUUCUGGCCGUUUUUCUUUUAAAACAUAAAGCAAGGCUCUGUACCAGUAAAACACGAAAGUACCUAGUUGCCAACCAUAUAUAAUUUGAUCUUUUAGGGUCUCUAGGUUUUUUAAAUAAAAUUCCAAAUAAAAAUCAUGUUGGGGUAAUAGUGAUGCUUAAUGUAAUAAUACAUCCUCAGCAAUAAUUAAAUUGUUAGUAGAUGGAAAAUAUAAAUUUAUAGAAAUAAAUUGCUAUAUUCAUAUACGUUCAUUCAUCUUGGAAGUGGAUAAGUUAGUUCUAUUAGUAAUUUAUUAAUAAUUCAAAUGAAAAAUAUUAAUAAAUGUUGUUAUUUUGACAUAUAACUUUAUGAUACAUUCCAAUUACAUUUUUGUAUUUUGUUGAAUAAACUGUUUAAAACGCACAUAUGUAAAUUAACUAAAGAAAUUGAGAUAAGCGCUUCUCAGAUUGACUAUCUCAAUUAUUUGUUUAUAUAAAAGUUAGUUAAUGUAUUAUGUAAUACAAGUGGGUAUUGAACUAAACAAGAAUUAUUUUAAUGGAUUUAAUAAUUAAGGAAGAAGAAAAUAAUGCUAAUAUUUUAAUUCAACUAGACAAUGGAAAAUUUGUAAAUCGAUUGAGACUUAACUAGUUUUGAUCAUAAAAGAAUGAAUGACGAUUUAUAUUUCAAACAUUUAACAGUUUGGAAACUAUAUUCUGACAGAUCAAAUCGAAAAAUGAAGAAAAA